AUGGCUACUCUUGCUGACACUUUUCUCGCCGACCUCGAUGAACUCUCCGAUAACGAGGCUGAAAUUCCCGCGGAUGAUGAUGUGGAUGCGGCAGACAUGGAUGAAGAUGUUGAUGGUGACCUAGCUGAUUUGGAAAACCUUCACUAUGAGGACUUGGAUAGUGUUUCCAAGUUGCAGAAAACCCAGAGAUACAUUGAUGUUAUACAGAAAGUGGAAGAUGCCCUUAAAAAGGGUUCAGAUGUCUCAAUUCAGGGCGUAGAUUUAGAAGACGAUCCUGAAUACCAAUUAAUUGUGGAAUGCAAUGCUUUGUCAGUUGACAUUGAGAAUGAAAUUGUCAUUAUUCACAAUUUUAUUCGCGACAAGUAUCGUUUGAAAUUUCCUGAGCUAGAGUCACUAGUACAUCACCCAAUUGAUUAUGCACGGGUUGUUAAGAAGAUAGGAAAUGAAAUGGAUUUGACUCUUGUCGAUUUAGAAGGGCUUUUACCAUCGGCCAUUAUCAUGGUUGUCUCGGUUACAGCAUCGACUACGACUGGCAAGCCACUUCCAGAAGAAGUCCUUAGUAAGACAUUUGAGGCUUGUGAUCGAGCUCUUGCCCUUGAUUCGGCGAAGAAGAAAGUUCUUGAUUUUGUAGAAAGUAGAAUGGGUUACAUUGCCCCCAAUGUUUCUACUAUAGUUGGGAGUGCUGUCGCAGCUAAACUCAUGGGAACAGCUGGUGGUCUAUCUGCUCUUGCAAAGAUGCCGGCUUGUAAUGUUCAGCUUCUUGGAGCCAAGAAAAAAAAUCUCGCUGGAUUCUCCACUGCAACUUCGCAAUUUCAUGUAGGUUACAUAGAGCAAACAGAAAUAUUUCAGACUACUCCCCCUCCUCUAAGAAUGCGUGCAUGCCGACUCCUGGCUGCAAAAUCUACACUUGCGGCACGAGUAGACUCAAUUCGUGGGGAUCCAUCUGGGAAAACUGGAAGAUCCCUCAAGGAUGAGAUCCAUAAAAAAAUUGAGAAGUGGCAAGAGCCCCCUCCUGCCAAGCAACCGAAACCACUUCCAGUGCCUGAUUCUGAACCUAAAAAGAAGAGAGGUGGCCGAAGGCUUAGGAAAAUGAAGGAGAGGUAUGCAAUAACUGACAUGAGGAAGUUAGCCAAUAGGAUGCAAUUUGGAAUUCCUGAAGAGAGCUCUUUAGGGGAUGGUCUGGGUGAGGGUUAUGGAAUGCUUGGUCAAGCUGGCAGUGGCAAGCUUCGUGUGUCAGCAGGUCAAAGCAAACUUGCUGCAAAAGUCGCUAAAAAAUUUAAGGAAAAGAAUUAUGGUAGCAGUGGUGCUACAUCUGGUUUAACCUCAAGUCUUGCAUUUACACCAGUACAGGGGAUCGAGCUGACAAAUCCACAGGCUCAUGCGCAUCAACUUGGUAGUGGAACUCAAAGCACCUACUUCUCUGAAACAGGAACAUUUUCGAAGAUCAAGAGGACUUGA